AGUUGUGGUGAUCAAUUCGCGCAGUACAGUGUUUUGAUGUUUCGGUGCAAAUAUUUAUCGAGUGUAUAAUUGAAUUUAAUUAAAAUUUUUUGUAGGCAAAAAUGCAGUCUAACCUCGGUAUUAUUGACAGGUUACGUUGGCACUUGAACGUACUUGAACAUAAAUUCACUCAGUACCGGCUCUCUACAAACGAGACAGUCAUCGUCAACACCGAGUAUGGUCAAGUGAAAGGCAUAAAGCGGAGAACCCUCUACGAUGUGCCCUAUUAUAGUUUCGAGGGUAUACCUUUCGCAAAACCACCGGUGGGUGAGCUACGUUUCAAAGCACCACAGCGGCCAGAGCCAUGGAAUGGUGUACUCGAUUGCCUUGGUCCCAAGGAUCGAGCGGUGCAAUUGCAUUUGAUGACAAAUAAUGCGGAGGGAUCAGAGGAUUGUCUAUACUUGAAUGUGUACACUAGAGAUUUGUCAUCCGAUAAACCACGUCCAGUUAUGGUUUGGAUACAUGGUGGUGCGUUUGCUGUUGGUGAAGCCAAUCGAGAUUGGUUCGGUCCUGACUAUUUCAUGGAAAAGGAUGUUAUUUUAGUUACCAUACAAUAUCGCCUGGGUGUUUUCGGCUUUCUCUCCUUAAACUCACCGGAACUGAAUGUGCCUGGCAAUGCUGGCUUAAAGGAUCAGGUUUUAGCUCUUCGUUGGGUAAAGAGUAACAUUGCUAACUUUGGUGGUGAUACAAACUGUAUAACUGUUUUCGGUGAGAGUGCUGGUGGCGCUUCAACACAUUAUAUGUGUAUCACCGAGCAGACCAAAGGGCUAUUUCAUCGUGCUAUUUUGAUGUCUGGCACCGCUAUAUCAGAAUGGGCGAACAGUGGAAGUGAGAGAUAUGCAUAUCCGCUGGCAAAAUUAGCCGGCUACAAGGGCGAAGAUGAUGAGAAGAGUGUGUUGGAAUAUCUUAUGAAAUACAAAGCAACCGAUCUGGCUAUUUUGGAAACGAAGGUGUUGACUAUUGUGGAGUUGAAGCGCCAAGUUUUGUUUGCUUUUACACCAGUUUUGGAGGCAUAUGAAACACCAGAUUGUGUGAUUCCAAAACUUCCGCGUGAGCUUAUGAAGACAGCUUGGAGUAAUACAAUACCUAUCAUGGCAGGUAACACUUCGGCUGAGGGUUUGCUAAUGCUGCCAUUUAUAAAAGCGCAGCCCGAUUCAAUUAAGAAGCUAGAAACCUGUGCCAGCUUUGUACCGUUUGAAGUUGUAGACGAAGAAGAAGAUAUAGCGAUAAAUGCUCGAAAGCUAAAAAAUAUACAUAACGAAAAUGAUAAAUUGUCUACUGAGGGAUUUUUAGAUAUAAACGCAUAUUGGCUUUUCCACUUUCCUGUUCAUCGCUUUCUGCUUUCGCGUAUAAAUCACGCCCCAACCGCGUCCACCUUCCUAUAUCGCUUUGACUACGACUCUGAAGUAUUGCCAUACCCAUAUCGUUUAUGGCGACUGGGACGUGGUGUUAAGGGCGUAUCCCAUGGCGAUGAUCUCGCUUAUCUUUUCUCGCAUGCCAUGGCUCAUCGUUUGCCAAAAGACAGUCCAGAUUAUCGCACAAUUCAACGUAUGAUUGGUAUUUGGACCAAUUUUGCUGCAACUGGUAAUCCAAAUAAUAAAGAACUACCUGAAAUGGCAACACUUGCUUGGGAACCAAUCAAAACAUCUGAACCAGCUUACAAGUGCCUUAAUAUUGGAGAUGAGCUAAGGAUUAUAGAUUGGCCAGAGAUGGAAAAAGUUAGGGUGUGGACAAGUACUUACGACAAAAAGAAACAAUUGUUGUACUGAAGUAGAAAACAGUUUAGUUAAGUAUUUUAAGUAUACUUUAAUUUUCAGGAAAUUUUAAAAAUUUUGAAAGGAUUUUUAGUGCUUUUCAUAAAAAAAUAAAAAAAUUAUGCAAAAUUUUUAAUAUGAUAUUUUUAUAAAAGUUUAUAAAGCUUUUUAAUAAUCUUAUUAUUCAUAUAUUUGGGUGUGUGAAGACAAUUUUUUGACAAUUCAAACCAGCCCGGACUUAGUUUAUAUUUUCUGAGAGUAAAAAUUGCCAGUAAUAAAACGCUCCAUGGAUUUCCAAAAGUAGAGCUCGUAUUUUUAUUUUACAGCCAACUAAAGCUUUCAUAUCCCGGCCUUAGUAGUUUUCAAAAAAGUGGACAAAAAGCUUAAAAUAAAUAUCUGAGGGAAAUUAAAGUUUAGGACAUGCCCGUAGAUAUAUAGUAAAAUUUCAUGGGAAAUAUUUUCAUAGAAAAUUUUAACCCUUUAGCUCUCGCUCAAAUGGGUCGUUUUGACCUUUACUUCAAAAAACCCCGCAAAACGCGAAUUCGUAAGGUCAUUAGAGGAGUGAUAUAUUCUAGAAAAUUAUUCUUCGAAAAAUUUUACUAGGGGCCUUUCAGGCAAAAGCUUCAUGCCACCGACGUAAACCUCUAAAAAAUUAGAAUAAAAAAUCAACAAAAAAAAUUGUUUUUUUUU